GCAAGCAAAGGAUGCAACUGCAAGCAAAGCGAUUGAGGAGCAGGCACAGGACAAAGAAGAAACUGGUGCGGUCCUGGAGAAUCUGAAAAAGCCAGCAGAGGAAACUCCAAGGAGCACAUCUAAUGAGAAACAGCAGCGGGAGCAGCAUAUAACAGCUGCCACUGCAGAACUUAAAUCAAGAGCAACAGAAAACGCAAAAAUACAAGCCAAAUUGGAGUUCCUAGCAAAGGUGCAAAAUGAACUCAAGUCGAAGCCAAAGGAAAAAGAGCCAGUCAAGGAGGCAGUCGCCGCAGCACCAUCAGCCAAGGAGCAGCACAAGGAAGCAGCUGCAACAGCAACAGUAAACCAUGAACAGCCCCAGGAGAAGUCUAGAGAGGCAGCCACAGAAGCAACAGACAUGAGAGAGCAAGCCAAGAAAGCAACAGCAAACGAGGAGCAGCUCCACAAGGCAGACACAGCAGCAACAGCUGUCGAAAUGCAGCCCAAGGAAGCGGAAGCAAUGGUAACGCCUGCAGCAUCAGUCAAGGAGCAGCUGCAGCAGCAGCCUGUGGAGGGCGUGGAGGCAAGCUCCCCAACAGCAGCAGCACUGCCAGCUGAGUCAGCCACACAGCCGGCAGAGACGUCCAAGAGCGCCACUAAAAAGAAAAUAAUUGUCAAGGUGAGGAAUCCACGACGUGCAUCGAUUGCGGUCGUGGAGCCAUCCAAGAUUAAGCCGGAGCCCGUGCAGAUCGAUGCACUAAUACAAAGGCGACCCUCCGACUCGGAAGCGAUUGUCAAGCGCAAGAAGAAGCAAAGAUUAAUGAGCAGCGCGACAGCAGCAGCAACAGCAACAACUUCCGGCAGCAAUCAGAGCUCGGCGACAGCAGCUCGGCCACAACUGCAACAGGCGACAACGACAACAAAUGAACAACUUGUAACUGCAAAGGUCAACAACAGCCAUGCAGACACUGCCAAAAGCGCAACGAAGCCAACUGCCAAAAGCGCCGAGACGCUGCCAGGAGCAGGGGCGACAGCAGCAACCGAGGCGACAGCAGCAGCAGCAACAUCGCAAGCGGCGCCAAAACAAUUGCCAAUCGAUGGUUGCGACAGCAAUCGAGCAACAGGCAUCGAGCAAAGCAGACGGAACAGCCUCAAACUAGCCGAAUUGGUGGGUGAAACGGUGCUGGUGGUGCCAGCAGCAACAGCAGCAGCAACAGGAGCAACAGCAGCAGCAGUAGGAGCAGUAGGAGCCACAUCAACAAUAACAGCUGCAACAGUUGCUAGUGCAAUCCAGAGCCAGUGCAAGGAACCCAUUAAUCGGUCGUCAAUUAGCCUGCCCCAACAGGUGGUUGUCGGCGUUGACAUUGAAGACGCCCCCGUUGAUGUUGCAUUCGCCGCGACGCCACAAAUAGCAGCGACAUUGAGCGAAGUGUCGCACGAAGAGUCAUCGCCACAACAACAACAACAAGAGCAGCAACAACAACAAGAGCAGCAACAACAACAAGAGCAACAACCUCCGAUAGUCGCUGCUACAAAAGACAACGCACAGGCGCAGCCCAGCAACAGUCUAGCCGCCAUGCCGGAGCUGAAAGUAGUUGCGGGUCCCGUGCAGCCCGUCAAGAUUGAGACGGUUGAGCAGCGGCACGAUGAAGCCGAUUUGGUGGUGGCCAAAAAGAGAUCGCCGCAUCUCAAGAAACUGGUGCGCAAGAGUUCCAUAGACAAGGGCAAGGAGAAGCUGAUCCAGUCGACCGAUUCGGUCAAGCUGAACAACAUACUCAAGGAUAAGAACAAGAUCGGGGAUCUGGCGAAUCGACUCAACAAGCAAACGCCGCCCAAGAAACAGAGCAAGCCAAGCAAGGAGCAGGCGGCAGCAGCCACAGCCACAACAGCCACAGAGCAGCAGCAGCAGGAAAAUGAGCAAGUUCCAGAAAUCACAAAUGAAACGCAACUCGAGCUGCCCCUUGAGCCGGAAACGGAAGCAGACAAGGAGGCAGCGGAAGCUGCCAGAGCGCCAGCAGCCAAAAAGCCGCGCCAGAUCAAGAAGAAGGUGAUCAUCAAGCGGCAAAAGCGACGCCUCUCCAUUGGCGACACAUUCUUCAUGCAGCAGGAGCCGGAGCCGGAGCCCAAGCUGGACGAGAUUGAGACAAUCGAAAAGGCCAUUGCCUACGUAACAGAUGAUGAGGCGGACGCUGAGCCGGAGCCGCUGGAAACGGAGCCACCGAAACCGCUGAAAUCCUGCCUGCAUGUGCGCGAAUAUAAAAUUGGCGACUUGGUGCUCUAUGCGGAACGAUAUCGCAAGACCCAGGUGCGCUGGAAGCGUGGACGCAUCCUGGAGCGCAUCACCAGCAUUUCGUAUAAGCUCGACAUCGAGGGCAAAGAGGUGCCCGCCCAUAUAAGCUAUAUCAAGAAGUACACGGGACGCAAGGUGAAGUUUGUGGGCAAAGAGUAUCUGGACAUUGACUACGAGCAGGUCGUCGAGGAGGAGCGACGAGCGCGCAGCUACAGCAUCUGGAACAUGGUCUAAUCCAUAUAAUCGCGCCCAAAUUGAAGCAGCAAUAAAUCUGUGUAAGUGUGUCCUCCGGAUUGUGUUCGUCGCCCUUAACCCCCAAGAGUUUUGAGUGGAAUUAGAAAAAUUUUGCUUGUUCACGCAACAAUGGAAUUUUUUUAAGGAUCUCAGGCAUGACAUUCAGUUAACUUAUAGUGUUUGUCUCUAGCUAGUUUAAUAACCUGUAAAUAUAUGUAUAUGUAUUUGUUAGUUUAGCUCUAUAUCCUAGUGUUAGUUCUAAUUUUUUAUGUACGUAAAUUAUUCCAAGGAUUCAGCGACUUGUUCAACUGUUGUUGCUCGCUGCAAAGUAACGAGUGGCGAGUAACGAGUAGCGAGCGUUUCGCUCAAAAGUAACGAAUUUGUUAUAAAAUUUCACGUUGCCUUUCGUUUAAAAGUUUAGUUUACCAUUUAAGCAAAAAA